AAAACCCGCACCCUGGGAUUCAUCUGCGUCUCGAGCCGCGCGCACGCUGUCUGGCGCCGCUGGAGUGCCACGGUGCCAACAGACUAGUUGUACGAACCAAGCAGCCCCUGUUCACAGCGCCACGUUCGCGGCGGCGCGCGAUUUGCCGCUGUAAAAGAGCUAAACAGCAAAAAGGUUACAGCCAAAUAACCCACGCGAACGGGUAGACGCGCGGCGCGCACAAGCUCGAAACACGCGAACGGGCCGACGCGCCUUACAAAGUCAACAAAGACGACGAUGGCGCACCCGUGGGGCGUCCUAGAACUCGUCUCCGAGUCGCCCGUCUACGACCUCAAGCCCUUCGAAGGGCGGACGCACCCGGUCCCGCAGUCCUACGCGUUAAGUGCUCCGCGCCACGCCAUCGGCCGCGCGAAGGACCGCCAGGGCCUCCCUACCUUAGAACUGCCCUUCGCCGUCAUCUCGGGCAAGCACUGUUUGAUAGAAAGAGACGACAACGGCACCAUUAGGAUCACGGACCACUCGUCGAACGGGACGUCGGUCGAGAAAGAAACACUAGGGAAGGGCAACUCCAAAAUACUAAACGACGGCGAGCACAUCACGGUCUUCCAAAGACAAAAAACGGCGUCCCAAGAUCAAAAUGGACCUGGUGCUGUCAUCGAGUAUGUGUUCAGAAGAAGGGACGACAAGCCCGAAACUCGCGCCGUGGCCCAGGCCCUCGAGAGGCAGAAUUCACAAUUAGAAGCCGACCUGAGGAAAGCUCGAGAGGAAGUGGAUAAGUUGCUCGGGCAAUUACGGGAAGCAUCAACAUCAAAAGCCACGCUGACACGAGACGCGGCCGAGGCGAUCGCGGCGGCCGACUUACUAAGAGACGCGCGGCAGGCGGACCAGGCCUGCCUCAAGGCCGUGGCGUGUGCGCGCGAUCUGGCGCAGCGCGUCGCGGCCGACGCUGAAGGUAGAGUCGCCUCCCUGGAGAAGAGGGCGGCGGACUCCGAGACAGCUCUGGAAGAAGCCGAAGCUAGGUGUGCCCAGCAGGCCGAGCGGUUCACGGAGCUCGAGGCGCGGUCGAAGGAGAUCGAGACGCAACAAGCUAAAUCGUCCACCAGUUCCGCGGAGCAACAGGAGGCGCUGACCGCGUCCGAGCGGGCGCGCGCCGAGGCCGAGCGCGCGCGCGACGCGUCGGACAAGCGCGCUGACGAAGCCGAGGCGCAGCGGGCGCAAGCCGUGCAAGAGAGGGACGCGGAGAUGAGGGCGAGGCAGGGCGCGGAGCGAGAAAGGGACGCGGCGGAAGCUCGAGCCAUCACGUCCGACGGGAUCGCGGCGGACCAGACCGCGUUCCGCGCCGCGGCGGACGCGGCGAAGCGCGAGGCGGACCAGGGCGUCGAGGACCAGGACAGGCGCUUCCGCGAGAAGGAGCGGAGCUUCGACGAGGUCCGCCAGGUGCCGGACUGCGUGGAAAUCAACCAGGGCGUCGCGUCGAUGGCGUGAAUGCGCCGUAAACUUUGAUCUCCAUACAGGUGCUGGAGCGCAAGGCAAAGAAGGCGGAAAGCCGAGCCGACGAGCAGAAGCAGCGCGCCGACGCGGCCGAGGCCAAGUCGCGCACCGCCGAGGCGUCGACGGACCAGCUGCGCGCGGACCAGGCCGCGGCGCGGGAGGAGUGCGAGGAGAAUUGCAUGGCCCGGGACGCGGCGGUGGCGGCGUGCAGCGCCGCCGUCGCGCUCGCGUCGAGCACGCAGUGGCGCGUCGAGCAGCUCGAGCGGGGCCAGGAGGCGCUCCAGGCGGCGGCGUCGCGGUCGCGCGAGGUCGCCGCGGCGGCGUCGCGUUCCGCGGCGGCCGUUGGUAGGGACGUGGAGCGCCUGACGGGCGAGAUCCUCAACCAGAUCGUGCCGGGCCUGCGCCAGGCGCGGUCGGCGCUGGCCGACGCCUCGAUCGCGGCGAGCGACACGCCGCCCGGCGGCUCGCAGACGCUCGACGCGGACGCGAUGCAGGACGCCCUGCCGCCGCCUCCUUCAUUACCGAGCGUCGACGACGAGGACGCGCGCGAGCUCGACUACGCCGCGGAUAAUGCAGGAGACGAGACGCAGCUCGGCGAGCCGGCGCCGGCCGACGACGCCUCGGCGGCCGCCGACGCGGGCGACGAGACCCAGGACCCGCUCUCGCCGUCGCCGAAGAAGCGCGGGUCCGAGGAGACGUCGGACUUGCCGCCGCCGAAGCGGGCGCGCGCGUCGCAGGACACGGCGGACUCUGGCUCACCGCCCGAAGAGCUGAACUUCUGAGUUCCCCCAUCCCAUCCCUUGUUAAGAGUCCUAGACUAUCACAA